AUGGGAGGCCCAUACGCAACCAGAAUCGCCAUGCUAGGCGGCAAACCGACCAUCCCCGUCGACGUCCCCACAUGCUCCGUGUUUCUUGUCCUAUUCCUCAGCGCCGGUGCCGCCCACAUGACAAUCUUUCAACGCAACAGACGCCGCGGUCACAAGUUUAUUCCAUCAGCUGUGACUUUUGGUUUCUGUAUGUCCCGUGUUGUAGCGAAUAUCAUCCGCAUAGCAUGGGCAUGCAAUCCCACGAACGUACGUCUCGCUAUCGCCUCGCAGAUCUUUGUCGCAGCCGGUAUUCUCCUCCUAUUUAUUUUGAACUUUUUGUACGCACAACGUAUCCUCCGCGCAGCCUUUCCGAGCUUUGGCUGGUCGGCCGCCGUCUCGUGGACGUUCAAGGGAUUAUAUGUGUUGGUGCUCUUGACGAUUAUCAUGAUGAUCACGACCGUCAUUCAGAGUAUGUAUACUCUUAAUACGAAUAUUCAGCGCAUUGAUCGCGAUAUCCAGUUGUAUGGCGUGACUUAUUUCGCUAUCGUCUCGUUUUUGCCUGUGCCUAUUGUUCUAGCCGUCUUGCUUUUCUCACGUGGAAAGAGGAUUGAAGAAUUUGGGUCGGGAUCUUGGAGUGCGAAGGUCCUGAUCGUUCUCACUGCUUCUGUGCUGUUGUGCCUGGGUGCUUCAUUUCGUGCUGAAACGACUUGGAUGCCGGCUCAUCUGGCCACUAGCCCGCCGUGGUAUGAUCACAAGGCCUGCUUUUAUGUUUUUGAUUUCGGAAUUGAUAUUUCUGUUGUGCUCUUAUUUUUAUUCACAAGGGUUGAUCGACGUUUCUGGGUUCCAAAUGGAAGCUCAAAGGUGCGAACUUACUAUCAUGACGGAGCGGAAGAGAAAAACACAGCUCCCGCAGCUGCCCAGGUAGUAUAA